AUGGAUACGGAAACGCACGUCUUGGACAGUCCAGCACGCUCUCAGCCUUGGUACAACUUCUCGGAGGAUACUCCUGUCCGACCUGCGAAUCGCGCGAAGCCCAUCCCAGGACCUUCGAGACUCAUCGCCGCGUUGGAUGCGGCGGACAUCAUCGAGAUAUCAAGCUCAGAGGAAGACGAGAACGUGAUAGAUCUGACAGGACUUGACGAGACUCCGUCGAAGAAGAAAGCUACUACGACGAAGUCAAAAGGAAAGGCAGUAUCGUCCGUUUUUAGUGACAAACCAAUUCAUCCUAUGUUCAACCCUUCCGGCAAAGACAAAAACACUUCGAAGGAGAAUUUACCUCGGGCCAAAGCAACCUCCACGAACUCGAAGAACGCAAUGUCACAUCCACUCCCUAUGCGAGACAUGCAGCCUCCUCCCAAGACCAAAGCAGCUCGCAGCACAAAGGCAGCAAGUAACACACUUGUAUCUAGUGAAGACGACUUGGACUUCGACGGAGCUCGGCCUGCCUCGCGAACAGAUAAACAGCUCACUUCUACGUCGAAAACGACCGUGAAGAAACCUUACUCGAAUCGUUCCGAUAGCAGGACAACCUCUUCCGCAUCUCGAACACCGGUUACAGACGACCCGCCUGUCGCUGGGUCCUCACAUACCGCAGCGUCAAGCAAGUCUCAAUCCAAGAUGCCGAAUUUCACCUACGGAGACUAUUUCCCGAGGCCAAUUGUACGAUACGUCACUAAUGCAGCUGAAGCGGACGAGUUGGUUCAAGCUUUGAACGGUCCGGUCGGAUUUGAUAUGGAGUGGGUGAAAAAGACGGCCUUGGUUCAGAUAUGCGAUGCGAGCAUGAUUCUCCUUAUUCAACUGAGCGCGAUACAUAGCGUUCCGCCGAAAGUAAAGGCUCUCAUAGAAUCCCCGUCAAUACCUAAGAUGGGCGUCAACAUUCGCAACGACGGUGUCAAACUCCUUCGGGACUACGACGUCUGCGCUCGCAACCUCGUCGAACUCGGCGCUCUCGCAUGCCAAUCCGACUCCCGCUUCGAAGAGAUAUAUCACCGACCCAUCGUCUCGCUAGCCAAAGUCGUAGCCUUCUACCUUCGGCGGACGCUCAAUAAAGGCCCCGUACGGACGAGUAACUGGGAGCGAAAACCGCUUUCGAAGGAACAGAUGGAGUAUGCAGCGAACGAUGCAUAUUGCGCUUUAUUGGUGUACAAGAAAUUACUUGCCAUUGCGAAGGCCUCCAAACGGCCCCUCGACCCAUUAGGGUUCACCUCUGACCUACUGGAAGAACAAAAUGGCCCCAAACCUCCCGUUCCGCAACGUGUACGUCCUCGAACAUCAACAACACCUGGCUGGGGACAAGUUGAACUUGGGCCAUGGCGUGACCCUCCAGCGCCCCUACAACAACCUCGAGUCGGUCUUGAAGCACCACAUCCACCAACGAAGUCUUCAUCUUCCGGACAAGCUCAACAUUUAACUGCGUACACACUCUGGAGACGUGGAGAUGCCCUCGGCGACAUUUGCACCAACCUGCGGACAAAUCACAAUCCGCUCAGCAAGGGAAUAGUCAUAUCUUAUAUCAUGGGCGCGCUCGAGGCGGACUCUAAUUUAAAGUUUAGUAAACCGGGUGUAAGAAGGUUGCUGAGAGAGGAGGAUGUCCCUCGAGAUCACCACUUUGUCCUCUCAUCUCGCCCGUUGGUUGGCCCGACUCGUGAAUAUUUCUUGAGCGGUAUGGUCAAUGUCACCGCCGCGCUUAUCUUGAAUGCCCAGGAAGAGAACAAGAGAAAGGUGGCGGCGGACAAGGCGAGGGUCGCUAAUCUGUCCAAGCAGCUUCAAAUGCGGCUGCAAUACGCUCGAUUGAAGGUCGAACACGGAUGGCAACGUCAAAGUCUUAACGAAGUAGAGAACCUCUACUUUCGUCACUCGACCGCUUCCAAAACAGUACCAAAGCCAAAAUCGACGGUCCGGUUCACUCCUUCCUUUCAAAAUAUAACGUUCUCGCCACCGUCGAACUCUGCCGGUCCAUCCCAGCAAGGAGCUGAUACUUCUGCACCGACCCAAGUGACCAGCACAGAUUAUGUGAUGAGUAACGUCCCGGCGGCUUCUCCAAUACCUUCUGCGACCUCGGUGGCGGAGGGGUCCUCAACUAGCAUCGACCCGCCGACGUCCCAGGUGCCACAAAGGACGCCGACUCUACCAGAUAUGCCGCCGCCUUCGGUUCCUUCUUCCACAUCGAUAUCUUCAUAUAGCGAUGCAAGCAGGGUGUCUUCCAGUCACCCGACUACUGCAUAUACCACACCUUCGCCUUCAACUUCCAUGAAUUCAAAUGCCUUUGCCGCCACUUCAUCUUCUCAUGCACCUCAAGCUUCUUCGUCGACCAAUUCAGCAUCAUCUUCAAAUCAGAACGGAUCUUCCCCUGGACUUACAGUCGGUGGAGGAUACGGGUCUGCGCCACAAAAAACAUACCCGUAUCCCGCCACUUCUUCCAACUUUUCCUCAAAUCACGCCAAUCCGCCUCCGCUACAGCAAUCCUCGUCUCAAUCGCACUCACAAUAUCCACCACAGUAUCAUCAGCAACAAAAUUCGCAUCCGUCGCACUCCACUUCACUUACUCCCGCACAACUGCAGAAUAGUCAAGCCCUCGCCGCCUACAUAGCAGCCCAAACGCAAGCUAACUACCUUGCAUCUCUGAGCUCUUCCGCAUCCUCGUCCGCAUCCGCAUCUUUGUCCUCAACACCCCAACCAUAUCCCUACCCGCAAACCCAGAACCAGUCACUCUCGAAUGCGAAUACAAAGCCAGCCGGAUCAGCCCAAACCCUCACUCACGCACACAUGUCGAAUCCCUACCUGUCUCCUCUAGUUCAGCAACACCCACAAUAUUAUCCUAUGCAGAACCAGCUUCAUCCGCAAGUCUUACAUCAGAUACAACGAUUACAGGCGGCACAGACACAUUUACGGGCUCAAGCCGCUCAGUUGGGAAGCGUCCCUCAGCCUACACCUUCAACAUCUCAUUAUCGCGAUCCUUCUCAGGCUCCGGCGACUGGUUUUCAUAAUCAUCUUGUACCCACAGGACAAACCGCUGCUGCUGCUGCUCCGAAUGGCUUCGGAGGGGUCCAUUCACAUCCACAUCAGCGUCAACAUCAGCCCCAGCAAUUACCUGCGCAAACCACAUCGUCGGAAACACUACAACUCGGUGCCAUACCUUUACCUCUAAAAACGUUCGACAUCCCAACAGCACCAUCGCCUGCUCCUCCACCUUCCACUACUCCUACGGGCACCGAGACGCCCACCACACAGGCAGGCCAGAUGCAGAUGGGACUCAAUCCGAUGCAGAGCAACGGGUCGCUGACGUAUGAUUCUUUCUGGAGCACACAUACGAUGGCUGCAGGGAAUUGGAGGAAGGUGGUUGCGCAGGGGUCGGGUGGGAAUUUGGGUGGUUUGGGCGAUGCGAUGGUAGGAGGGAGCGGAUUUCCGGACGGGACUACUGACGCGUCUGGUAUGGAAGCUUCUAUGGGUGAUGGGAUGCAGGUUCAGUCGACGGGCGUGCCGAUGAGUUCGACGGAUGGAUUGCAUGGAUGAUGAUGAUAUGGAAGUUCGAGGAAUUUUUUGUAGGAAGCGAUAUGAUAUUGUAUUCAUGGUCCU